UAGGUCACUGCUCUGCUCCUUCCCAAAAUUUGGAUUGUCUCUUUCCACCCAGUUUUGAUUUCUCCGCCUUCUUUAUUCGUCGAUCAACAACCACCCAUUUGACAGUUGACACGUACUAAUUUCUCAUUCCAUUAUCCCGCGAAAAAUUGCCAGUCAAGAACCCAAGAUUAUUGUACAGAUAGGUAGUACCUUCCCGUAUAAAUCGGUAGCCUUGCGUACCCACUGCCCAGUUAGCAUCAGUUUUUUGUUCUUGGGUUAACCAACCAAUUUUUAAUCACCCAAUUAGUAGUAUCUAUCAGUUGUCUUCUAUAUACCUCUCUCUCUUUCCUUUGUUGAUGGGUAAGAAACAGCACAUGGAUUGGGGUUCUAGAUCCCUGUCUUAUGGCAGUGAAAGAGCUCCUCUGUUGAAUAGAGAGGGACGGAGGAAGGGAAAGGAGGAGAGGUCCUCUGAUGGUCCCUUGACAGAUCUUGAGCAUGGGGAUGCCGUACAGGCAGCAAAUGUUCGAUUUUCUAGAAUCUUUAUGCUGGCGAAGCCUGAUGCAGGAAAGUUGAUCAUUGGCACUAUUGCACUUUUGAUAGCAUCGACAACAAGUAUUCUCACGCCAAAAUAUGGUGGAAUGAUAAUAGACAUUGUAUCAAGAGACAUAAGGACACCCGAACAGCAAGCUGAAGCUAUAGAUGCUGUCAAGAACACCAUAAUAUAUAUUCUUCUGAUUGUUGUCGUUGGUUCUAUCUGCACAGCGAUUCGGGCAUGGUUGUUUUCUUAUGCAAGUGAAAGGGUUGUUGCUCGAGUGAGGAAGGACUUGUUUAGUCAUCUUAUCCAGCAAGAAAUAGCCUUCUUUGAUGUUACUCGGACAGGAGAGCUACUUAGCAGGCUCUCUGAAGAUACCCAAAUAAUUAAAAACGCUGCAACGACCAACCUUUCUGAGGCACUCAGAAAUGUAACUACCGCAAUCAUUGGUGUUGCCUUCAUGUUUUCGUCGUCAUGGAAGUUAACAUUGUUGGCCUUGGUUAUUGUACCGGUCAUUUCAGUUGCUGUGCGCAAAUUUGGGCGCUAUCUUCGGGAACUUUCUCACAAAACUCAAGCUGCAGCUGCAGUAUCCUCCUCAAUAGCCGAGGAAUCUUUUGGGGCCAUUCGAACUGUGAGAUCUUUUGCCAGAGAAGCCUAUGCAAUUUCAUGCUAUUCAGAGAAAGUUGAUGAGACCCUGAAACUUGGGAUUCAGCAAGCUAAAGUAGUUGGUUUGUUCUUUGGAGGGCUAAAUGCAGCUUCUACUUUAUCAGUUAUCAUAGUGGUUAUCUAUGGAGCUUAUUUGACUAUAAUGGGCGCCCUGACUGCAGGAUCUCUGACAUCCUUCAUUCUUUAUAGCCUCACAGUUGGGUCUUCUGUAUCGUCACUCUCAGGAUUAUAUACAACAGCAAUGAAAGCUGCAGGAGCAAGUAGGAGAGUUUUUCAGCUUCUUGAUCGCCAGUCAGUCAUGCCAGAAUCAGGAGAUAAAUGCCCUGUUGGCAAUCCAGAUGGAGAUGUGGAAUUGGAAGAUGUUUGGUUUGCUUAUCCUUCUCGCCCAAGUCAUAUGAUACUCAAGGGAAUAACUUUAAAACUGAGACCCGGGUCCAAAGUUGCCCUCGUUGGUCCAAGCGGUGGUGGAAAGACUACUAUAGCGAACUUGAUUGAGAGAUUUUAUGACCCAAUCAAAGGAAAAGUUUUGCUAAACGGGGUUCCCCUUGUGGAAAUAUCCCACCAAUAUUUGCACAAAAAGAUCAGCAUAGUGAGCCAGGAGCCUACUCUUUUCAAUUGCUCUAUAGAGGAGAACAUAGCCUAUGGAUCUGAUGGAAAAGCCACCACUGCAGAGAUAGAAAAUGCAGCCAAAAUGGCAAAUGCCCAUGAUUUCAUAUCAGCAUUUCCUGAAAAGUAUCAAACUGUUGUUGGAGAACGUGGGUUGAGGCUCUCUGGAGGCCAGAAACAAAGAAUAGCAAUUGCCAGAGCACUCUUGAUGAACCCAAAAGUUCUGCUGCUGGAUGAAGCCACAAGCGCCCUAGAUGCUGAGAGCGAAUACCUGGUCCAGGAUGCUAUGGAGUCUCUGAUGAGGGGAAGGACUGUUCUUGUUAUAGCUCACAGGCUUUCAACAGUCCAAACUGCAGACAUGGUUGCCGUUGUAUCCGAUGGUCAGAUUGCAGAAAGCGGCACCCACGACGAGCUUCUCGCAAUGGAUGGUAUUUACACAGCGCUGGUACGGAGGCAAUUGCAAGGACCCAAAGUGGAAGUAUAAUGCCUGAAGGACUAUUUGGAAGUGCAAUUUGCUGAUAAAGAAAUUGACUUGUAAGGUUGGGCAUAUUGUGGUUUGACUUUUCCUGCAUAAUGAGGGAUUUGAUGAUUGUUGAACCAACAUUCGGUUUCGAAAUUAAUGGAGAACACUCUCAAAUUAGGAAAGUUGAAUAUAGCUGUGUUAUCCUGUUAAUCCAUUUGCCACGGGACAUUCAUGUGUUUCCCGGCCUAGGUUUUCGCUGUAUGUGAUGAAAUGCUUGAUCUCGCUGGAAAUCAUAUUCUUUUAAGAAAUUAGAUAAAGACAAUUCUUAUGAAAGAUAGUUUCUUGCAAAA